AUGGCGAGCAUGAUCGGUCGCGUUGCUCUGCCUGCCCGCUGCUCGGGCAGCAAGGCGGUCUCGCGCAGGGGGCGUCUGUGCGUCACCGCGGCGACGACCAUCCCGUCCGAGUUCAAGACCGUCGCCCCCGUCGGCGAGCGCGUGUUCGUCAAGAUCGCGGACGUCGAGGACGUCUCGCAGGGCGGCAUCCUCCUCCCCGGCAGCGCCCAGAAGCGCCCGACCGCCGGCGAGGUCGUCUCCGCGGCCACGGACUGCCGCAGCGUCAAGGCCGGCGACCGCAUCGUCUACAGCAAGUUCGCGGGCACCGAGGUGGAGAUGGGCGACGACGAGUACGUCGUGCUCAAGGAGGACGACUGCAUCGGGCUGAUGGGCGCGGACGACAUCCGGGCGCUCAAGCCGCUGGGCGACCGGCUGCUGCUCGAGGUGGCCGAGGCCGAGUCGAAGACGGCCGGCGGCGUGCUCAUGGCGGCGGGCGACGGCGACAAGCCGACGAUCGGCAAGGUGGUGGCGGCGGGGCCGGGGCGCAAGGGGCCCCCGGGCGAGAAGGGCGAGAGCGAAGUGAUCCCGAUCGGGAUCGACGCGGGCGCGUCGGUGCUGUACAGCAAGUACGCGGGCGUGGAGUUCGCUGGCGAGGACGGGCGCGAGUACAUCGUCGUGAAGGAGUCGGACAUCCUCGCGGUCCUGAGUUAG